AUGGAGACCCUCAUACAACUGGACUUACCAGAUAAACUUAUCCGGUUUUCCGACUGCUAUAUCUUACGCGGAGAUCGGCUAAUCAAAGAAGAUCUUUGGAUUUGUAACGGUCUCAUUUUGGAUGGUUUAGAUCUAUUCUUUCGCGAGAAACGUUUGGCUGACAUACGAAUCGAGCUGAACGGCAGUGUAAUUGCACCCGGNUUCGACUUCUCUAAUCCGAAUGCAAACAUACGGGAGGGUUGUGCUCGAAUUGCCCGAACGUUGCCAGAGGAGGGUGUGACUUCAUUCUGUCCGACCAUUAUUACGUCAUCUAAACAGUCUUAUGAUAAAAUCAUUCCACAGUUCGAAAGCUAUCAGGAUAGCCCUGAUGCAGCCAGGAUGCUCGGUUUGCAUUUGGAGGGGCCUUUUAUUAGUAAAUCUCGUCCAGGUAUGCAUCCAACUAGUCACAUAUUGGAAUUCGGUCCGGAUCCAGCGCAGGAUCUGACGAACACCUAUGGUCCAAACCUUGGAGUGAUUCGAAUUGUGACAGUGGCUCCUGAGCUGCCCGGUUCCUCCAAAGCGAUAGAGUUUCUGGUAUCACAGGAUGUUAUAGUCUCUGUCGGGCAUACGGUUGCUGACGCCGAAUCUCUGGAUGAUGCAAUACAAGCCGGAGCCACUUUUAUGACACAUUUGUUCAACGCCAUGCCCCUUUUCCAUCAUCGCAAAUCGCAUUUGUUAGAUGGUCUGGUUAAUCAUCAUCCACCCCUAUACGCGGGAAUCAUUGCUGAUUUGGUGCAUGUGCAUCCAGCCGCAUUGCGUAUGGCUGAAGCGAUUGCUCCGGGACACGUGGUUCUAAUUACGGAUGCGAAUACGGCUUACGGCCUCCCCGACGGAGCUUACACUUUCGGUGAUCAAAAUAUCGAGGUUACUAAUGGACUAGCAUACAUUACAGGGACCCAGUGCCUAGCUGGUGGAACCACACCUUUAUCAGUAUGUGUGCGUAACUUUUGGCUCGAGGUGUGCAGCCAUUUACCGGAUGUGGAAGACGACAGUCCAUGGCCCGGUCUUGGUCGAGCAUUGUCGGCGGCUACCACUCGACCUGCACAAGGGUUACAUCUUUACCAACCUUGGAACUCGGACAAGCGUCUGGUUCGUGGUAGUCUCGUCCCCGGCGCAUAUGCGGAUUUGGUCAUUCUCUGUCCAAAGGCUUUGAGUGCGCCGAAACCGCAGCUUCGUGUUCUGUCCACAUGGAUCGAGGGCAAACCGGUUCAUUUGGACACGGAAUCUAAAUUUUUAAUCCAGACUUCAGCAUUUUCCUAUCAGAUCUAA